AUCUUUUCGCUGGAAGUCAUGCACAACCAAAGCUUUGUAACUGAGUUUGUCCUCCUGGGACUUUCACAGAAUCCAAAUAUUCAGAAAAUUGUAUUUGUCAUAUUUUUGUGUGUCUACAUUGCAACUGUUGGGGGCAACUUGCUCAUCGUGGUGACAAUCGGCAGCAGCCCUGCACUCCUGGGCUCCCCAAUGUACUUCUUCUUGGCUUUCCUUUCCUUCUUGGAUGCCUGCUUCUCCUCAGUCAUUGUCCCAAAGAUGAUCGUGGACUCUCUCUAUGAGAAGAAGACCAUUUCCUUUGAAGGCUGCAUGACCCAACUCUUUGCUGAACACUUCUUUGCUGGGGUGGAGUUGUUUGUCCUCACGGCCAUGGCCUAUGACCGCUACGUGGCCAUCUGCAAACCCCUGCACUAUUCCUCUAUCAUGAACUGGAAACUCUGUGGGAUUCUGAUGAUAGUAGCAUGGACAGGGGGCUUCCUGCAUUCCUUUUCUCAAAUUCUCUUUACUUUCCAGCUGCCCUUCUGUGGCCCCAAUGUCAUCGAUCACUUCAUCUGUGACUUGUACCCAUUACUGGAGCUUGCCUGCACUGACACUCAUGUUUUUGGACUUUUUGUGGUCGCCAACAGUGGGUUUAUCUGCAUCAUAAUCUUCUCGAUGUUGGUUGUCUCCUAUGGUGUCAUCUUGCUCUCUCUGAGGAAGCACAGUUCUGAAGGGCGGAGGAAAGCCCUUUCCACCUGUGGGUCUCACAUCGCAGUUGUGAUUCUGUUCUUUGUCCCCUGCAUUUUUGAGUAUGCUCGGCCUCCAGCUGCUUUCUCCUUUGACAAGAUGGUGGCCAUCUUCUACACCAUCCUAACCCCCUUGUUUAAUCCUUUGAUUUAUACUUUCAGGAACAGGGAUGUGAAAAAUGCCAUGAGGAAGCUGUGGAACAGAUUAUUAUUGGCAUCUACUGAAAAAUAG